GCGGGGGCCGCUGGCGGCGGCGGCGAAGGCGCGCGGAGCCGCGGGGCGCAGGCGGGGGCCUGGCCGGGGCCGCGGGGCCGGCGCCUCCCCGGCGGCGUGAGCGGCCCGGCGCGGCCGGAGGGGACGGAGCGACGCCGCCGAGCGGGAUGCUGGCCCUGCGUCCCGGCCCCCGACACCCCGCUGAGGGCCUCGUCCGCGAGCCGUCCCGCCGGGGACGCCGAGGGAGCCUUCCCACACCGAUCUGCAGGGGUCCUUGCUGAGCUCUGUCAUGGUGAUCUAAGGAACCUCGUCACCUAGAAGUCCCAGCACGCAGUUCCCCGUCGCCGGGAAGGCGUGGACUCCAAGAUGAUCAUAAAGGAGUACCGCAUCCCUCUGCCGAUGACCGUGGAGGAGUACCGCAUCGCCCAGCUCUACAUGAUCCAGAAGAAGAGCCGCACCGAGACGCAUGGCGAAGGCAGCGGCGUGGAGAUCCUGGAGAACCGGCCGUACACGGACGGCCCCGGCGGCUCCGGGCAGUACACCCACAAGGUGUACCACGUGGGCAGGCACAUCCCCAGCUGGUUCCGCUCCAUCCUGCCCAAGGCGGCCCUGCGGGUGGUGGAGGAGUCCUGGAACGCCUACCCCUACACGCGGACCAGGUUCACCUGCCCUUUCGUGGAGAAAUUCUCUAUCGACAUUGAGACCUACUAUAAAAGCGAUGCCGGAGAAAACCCCAACGUCUUCAGCCUGUCCCCCGUGGAGAGGAGCCAGCUGGUGAUCGACUUCAUCGACAUCGUCAAGGACCCCGUGCCCUCCAACGAUUACAAGACGGAAGAGGACCCCAGGCUGUUCCACUCCGUCAAGACGCAGCGGGGGCCGCUGUCGGACAACUGGAUCCAGGAGUACAAGCAGCAGGUGUUCCCCAUCAUGUGCGCCUACAAGCUGUGCAAGGUGGAGUUCCGCUACUGGGGCAUGCAGUCCAAGAUCGAGAGGUUCAUCCACGACACGGCGCUGCGGAAGGUGAUGGUGCGGGCGCACCGGCAGGCCUGGUGCUGGCAGGACGAGUGGUACGGGCUGAGCAUGGAGGACAUCCGGGAGCUGGAGAAGGAGGCGCAGCUCAUGCUGUCCCGGAAGAUGGCCCAGUUCAAGGAGCACGAGGGGGAGCCGGAGGAGCCGUCCAAGGGCGAGGCCGGCCCCGACCGCCCCCCCGGGGAGCCCCCGCAGCCCUGCAGCAGCUCGCUGCCCCCGGCCGGCCGCGGCCUGAAGAAGCAGUGGUCCACGUCCUCCAAGUCCUCACGGUCGUCCAAGCGGGGAGCCAGCCCUUCCCGCCACAGCAUCUCCGAGUGGAGGAUGCAGAGUAUCGCCCGGGACUCAGACGAGAGCUCGGAGGAUGAGUUCUUCGAUGCACAAGAGGACCUGUCCGACUCAGAAGAAACCUUCCCCAAGGACAUCAGCAAGUGGAACUCCAAUGACCUCAUGGACAAGAUCGAGAGCCCCGAGCUGGAGGACACGCAGGACGGGCUGUACCGGCAGGCCACCCCCGAGUUCAGGGUGGCCUCCAGCGUGGAGCAGCUGAACACCAUCGAGGACGAGGUCAGCCCGCCGCUGGCCAUGCCGCCCUCCAAGAUCCACGUGCUGCUGCUGGUGCUGCACGGGGGCACCAUCCUGGACACGGGCACCGGGGACCCCAGCUCCAAGCAGGGCGACACCAACACCAUCGCCACCGUGUUCGACACCGUCAUGCGCGUGCACUACCCCAGCGCCCUGGGCCGCCUGGCCAUCCGCCUGGUGCCCUGCCCGCCCGUCUGCGCCGACGCCUUCGCCCUGGUCUCCAACCUCAGCCCCUACAGCCACGACGAAGGCUGUCUGUCCAGCAGCCAGGACCACAUCCCCCUGGCCGCCCUGCCCCUGCUGGCCACCUCCUCGCCCCAGUACCAGGAGGCGGUUGCCACGGUGAUCCAGCGGGCCAACCUCGCCUACGGGGACUUCAUCAAGUCCCAGGAGGGCGUGACCUUCCACGGGCAGGUGUGCCUGAUCGGGGACUGCGUGGGGGGCAUCCUGGCCUUCGACGCCCUGUGCUACAGCAGCCAGCCGGUGUCCGAGAGCCAGAGCAGCAGCCGCAGGGGCAGCGUGGCCAGCGUGCAGGACACUGACCUGCUGUCCCCGGGCAUCCUGGUGAACUCGUCGCACAGCGGCGGCGGCGGAGGCAGUGGCGGAGGAGGCGGCGGUGGCGGCGGCAGCAGCCUGGAGAGCAGCAGGCACCUGAGCCGCAGCAGCAUCGACAUCCCCCGUAGCAACGGCACCGAGGACCCCAAAAGGCAGCUGCCUCGCAAGAGGAGCGACUCGUCCACUUACGAGCUGGACACCAUCCAGCAGCACCAGGCCUUCCUGUCCAGCCUCCACGCGAGCGUGCUGAGGAACGAGCCCGGCUCCCGCCGCUCCAGCAGCUCCACCAUGCUGGACGGCACGGGGGCCCUGGGCCGGUUCGACUUCGAGGUCGCCGACCUCUUCCUCUUCGGGUGCCCGCUGGGGCUCGUCCUGGCCUUGAGGAAGACGGUCAUCCCCAGCCUGGAUGUGUUCCAGCUGCGGCCCGCCUGCCAGCAAGUGUACAACCUGUUCCACCCCGCGGACCCGUCGGCCUCGCGUCUGGAGCCCCUGCUGGAGCGGCGAUUCUUUGCCCUGCCGCCCUUCAGCAUCCCCCGCUACCAGCGCUACCCGCUGGGGGACGGCUGCUCCACGCUGCUGGUCGAGACCGUGCAGAGAAACCCCGAGCUGGUCCUGGAGGGCGGCCCCCUGACCCCCCUCCCCGGGGACGGCUUCCUGGAAACCAGUAUCCCAGUUCCCGAGCUCACCUGGCAAGACGGGCCCCGCCCGAGCCCGAGCCCGAGCCCGACCGAGGCGCUCCAGACCCACAACGCACUCUUCCAAGAGCACACGGCCCCCUCCUCGCCCGGCGCGGGCUCCAGCACCCGGGGCUUCCGCCGAGCCAGCGAGAUCAGCAUCGCCAGCCAGGUGUCCGGCAUGGCUGAGAGCUACACCGUCUCCGGCAUUGCCCAGAAGGCCCCCGUGCCGCUCAGCCACACCCCCAGCGUCAGGCGCCUGUCCCUGCUCGCCCUGCCCUCCCCACCCCCCUCCACCCCCGGGCCCCGCCCGCAGGCCCGGCGGGCGAACCCCCACCUCCCCGAUCUGGACAUCAGAGGAGUUGCUGCGAAGUGGUGGGGCCAGAAGCGGAUCGACUACGCCCUGUACUGCCCCGACGCCCUGACGGCCUUCCCCACCGUGGCCCUGCCGCACCUCUUCCACGCCAGCUACUGGGAAUCCACCGACGUGGUCUCCUUCCUGCUGAGACAGGUCAUGAGGCACGACAACUCCAGCAUCUUGGAGCUGGACGGCAAGGAGGUCUCGGUGUUCACACCCUCGAAGCCGAGAGAGAAGUGGCAGCGCAAGAGGACCCACGUGAAGCUGCGGAACGUGACAGCCAACCACCGGAUCAAUGACGCCGUCGCCAACGAGGACGGCCCGCAGGUGCUGGCGGGCCGGUUCAUGUACGGGCCCCUGGACAUGGUCACCCUGACGGGGGAGAAGGUGGACGUGCACAUCAUGACGCAGCCGCCCUCGGGGGAGUGGCUGUACCUGGACACGCUGGUGACCAACAGCAGCGGGCGCGUGUCCUACGCCAUCCCUGAGACGCACCGCCUGGGCGUGGGCGUGUACCCCGUGAAGAUGGUGGUCAGGGGAGACCACACGUUUGCCGACAGCUACAUCACCGUGCUUCCCCGAGGCACGGAGUUCGUGGUCUUCAGCAUCGACGGCUCCUUUGCCGCCAGCGUGUCCAUCAUGGGCAGCGACCCCAAAGUGCGGGCUGGCGCCGUGGACGUGGUGCGGCACUGGCAGGACCUGGGCUACCUCAUCAUCUACGUGACGGGCCGGCCCGACAUGCAGAAGCAGCGGGUGGUGGCGUGGCUGGCCCAGCACAACUUCCCCCACGGCGUGGUGUCCUUCUGCGACGGCCUGGUGCACGACCCGCUGCGGCACAAGGCCAACUUCCUGAAGCUGCUCAUCUCCGAGCUGCACCUGCGCGCCCACGCGGCCUACGGCUCCACCAAGGACGUGGUGGUCUACAGCUCCAUCAGCCUGUCCCCCAUGCAGAUCUACAUCGUGGGCCGGCCCACCAAGAAGCUGCAGCAGCAGUGCCAGUUCAUCACGGACGGCUACGCGGCCCACCUGGCCCAGCUCAAGUACAACCACCGGGCGCGGCCGGCCCGCAACACGGCCACCCGCAUGGCGCUGCGCAAGGGCAGCUUCGGCCUGCCCGGCCAGGGCGACUUCCUGCGCUCCCGCAACCACCUGCUCCGGACCAUCUCGGCCCAGCCCAGCGGGCCCGGGCUCAGGCACGAGCGGACGCAGAGCCAGCCGGACGGCGGCGAGCAGCGAGGCCAGCGCAGCAUGAGCGUGGCGGCCGGCUGCUGGGGCCGGACCAUGGCCGGCCGGCUGGACCCGGGGGCGGCCGCGGGCCCCAAGUAGGGCGCCUGCGUGAGGUGCUGCGGGCUCCAUGGUGCUAGGCCGGGCGCCGCCCACCAGGAGGCCUGGCCGGGCACACGCGGCGGCUGGGGACAGACUUGUCCCGGGGCCCAGCAGAGGACACGGGCCACACCGGCCCUCCCAGCCCUGCCUCGCGCCCCAGGGCCUUCAGCGGUCCCCGUUGGAAGCUGGCGGGACAGCCAGCCCCAGGACGGCAGAGGGGCCGGGACCCCCCUGCGGCCCCGCCUUGAAGGUUCUCCUGGAGCGUCCGGACGCCAGGCCUGGGCCCUGCCUGCCACCUCCCUGGCCACUAGCUUGCCCGACCCCCACGUGCCCUCCCGCCGGGUCGCAGCUGCUGCUUGCUGACGGGGGUUCGCUCUCCAGCCUCGCUGGUUCUGCGCUGGUCUUUGCGAGCAGAGGCCCGUUGUCCUCCCCUGUGGCUGCAGACGUGUUCGCCAGCGCGAACAGUCACCUUCUGUGGAACCAGGACCUCCUGCCACAGGGAAGGCCCCAGGGCAGCACACCCUGUGCGAGCAGGAAAGAGAGGCCAUAUCUUAAUCUCUGCAGCUCCGCCUGGAGCCCGGGGCGGCCUGGCACAGCCCGGCCGCCUCUCCCAAUCCUCACCUCGGCCUGGCCCGGCCCGCCCGCGUUUCUACACCUUUCUACUUCUCCGAUCUGAUUUCUACGAGGUUUUUUUAAACGAGCAAUCCCAGGCUGCUUCCUUUUCUUAACUCUCGCAGCACCAAGCGCAGCCCCUCCACACGGAGACACCCAGCACUGUGAGGGAGUCCAGCCUGGCUCGGGGGCCCAGGCCGGCCUCCUGCCCCACCCGACCCGUUAGUCCCACGGGAUUUCUACUCGGAUGGGUGGGCACACACUUAGGUUUUUCUUAACGCCAGUUCCGGUCCCACGCCGAGUGUAAGAAGCCAUGGCUCCUGUCGGUAGCUCGAGGGCAGGCAGCUACAGCUUCCCGUGCUCCCCGGCCCAGACCACGCCGGCCUGCACCGGUCUGCGCGCCAGCCCUCCCGCCCAGGCCCGGCUGUGAUCUCAGCUGUGGCGCUCGGCGGCCCCUCAGCAGCUCCUCCACCUUCUCCAAGGCCAUCCAGCCGGAGGCUCCGGAUCUGAGAAGCUGCUGCCGGCCUGGGCACGGCCCCGGGGCCUCUCGGGCUGGGGUGUGGAGGGGCCCCGCCCGCCGUUCACAUUCCCCCGAGUGUAGAUAUGUACAAAGGGCCGUGUAAAUGUUCUUCGAGGGGGGCCUACACAGAGUGAAGCUAUUUAUUUUGUGCAGAGGAAACUGUCUGGAGGACGGACCUUCAGGUGUAUCCGUAUUUAAGAUGUAGCUUUUUUUGUUGUUUUGGGCGUUCUGUAUAAAGCACCGGCUGUUUUAUAGACUGAGUCCUAACGUCACUGUUGCAGUGGAAGUGCAAUAUCUGACCCCUGCUCCCCAGGGGGAUUGCUCGGCCGACAAUCAGCCCCGCCAGGGGCCCGGUGGCCAGUGCCGCGGCCUCCACCGGCCCCGCCUGGCCCCCGCCUGGAUGACUAGCCACCGGAGACGUGCCUGGAAGAGCUCGGCCCGCCUGCAAUAACGGCCGAGGCUCCUUGGCCGGGGGAGGCCAUGGGCAGGGGGCUGGCCUCUCCCAGCGGGCAGCCCCCCGCAGCUCUGCGCUCCCGCCUUCCUGCCCGGCCGCCGGCAGCCAUGCCGAGGACAACAGCAAUAGCCGGGCCUCUCCUCAGCCAUAGACGCUGCGGCGGGCGGCCAGCCUCCCGCCUCCCGCCGUCUCCCGCGCCCAGGUGUGCUUCCUGCCUCCCUGAUCUUCCCGCAGGCACAGCCUCCUCCUGAGGAAGCACCGGUUUCUCAGAAACGGAGAGGGAGAGCAGAGUCCUUUAAAAAAUACCAAAAAUGUUUACAGCGUCGGGUGCUGAGCUGAGGGCUCAGGCCUGACGGGUCGUCACCAAAGGGUGAGGCGGGCCUGUCAGGGUGGCCGCCUUUGCCCGCUCCCAGCCCCGCCCCCGCCCCCGCCCCCGCCCCUCCUGGAUCUUCAGAGAGGGAGUCAGCAGAGACCCACCCGCCAGCCACGUUGGUCUACGUCUCAGCCCCUCCUGUCUGUCUGCCUGUCCAGGCCGUGUGUGAGCAGUGUCCUGACUCCCCCGCGCCCCCACCCUCGCUGUCCCUGCACCAUCGGGCCUGAGUGUGCUCUGUAUCCAGUGCCAUUGUCUGAUUGUCCGUCACACCAAUUAAAGGAGCUCCAAGGCUUC